UGUUGGCGCAACAAUAGCUUGUUAAUUGGCAAACUGCAUUACAAUACAAGGGCUUAGCAAGUGUUAUUCAUAAUAAUUUUACAUAAAAAAGGUUAUUAUACAGCAAAAUCAAUAAUAAAAACAUAAAAAAAUGUGUGCUUGCCAGCGUCAAAACGUUCGUUAUAUUAUUUUGUGCACCCUGCUCGGUCUAACUCAAUCACUUCCCGUUAGCGAUGGGAUUGUUGGCAGUAGUCCUCGACCUACCACAACUACUGACACAGUAAAGACACCUUUACUCGAUAGUCAAACGCUACUGGCAGUGCCAGAAUAUGCGAUCGACGAGGAUUUCAACUCAAUUUUUAUUGUGCAACCCGUACUUGACCAGCCAAAUACAUUGGAGUCAACUAUAACCGAUGUGCACAAGCAACGUGCACGCCGUACUUUGACAACGGCACAACUCAAUCAGCCCUUAGAUUUGGACUUGGACAUGGAACUUGCUGAGGUGAAUGUGUUCCGUCCAUUAUUUCGUUAUCGCGCUGAGAUCGCUCGUAAUGUUGGACGAAGGCAACAGGGUUAAUAUCCAUUAACAAAUUUUAAACUAUAUUUUGUAUUAAUAAAUAGUUUAAGUGACUUUUGUACCUCAUUAUUUAAUAUUUAAA